ACAAAUGGCGUAAUCCAGAAGACCCAAAAGUACAUUUGUAGCGCCUCUGGAGAUCAUGCGCGGUGUCGAUUGCUUACAAUCAAGUGGUCUGUCUAUUCUAUUGCCACCCCAUUCCAUAAAACUACUUCUCUCUAAAAAAUCUUUUCGAAUUCGUAUUUCUAGUGAAUCAUAUAAUUCAUUUUAACCUGUCGAGCAAGAUAACGAGCGACUAGAAUUUAUUUAACAAAAUUUAUCUUUGAUAAAAACAUUAUCUUUCAUAAACUUUAAAUAAUUCCUAAUACCCCAAGCAGUAAUGUUAGAUAAAUGAAAUGGAACUGCAUAUAAAUACGCUGUACAAGAUACAAGGAAUAUAUAAGGAAUAAACGUCUGCCUAUAAAUGAGCCACUCUAUUACUAAUGAGCAGUGCUCGUUCUGACGUUCAACUACACUGCAUGAUGGCAGACUCACAACAGUUACGAGAUUGUCUAAACAAAGUCGCCAAAGAACAAAAAUAUGUGAACCCUGAGAUCACAAUAGAGGAAAUAUCAAGCGGAGGAGCAAACUACACAUCUAAACUGUUCACUGCAGUCGUGAGUGAAGCAGGCAAGGAGGACCUGCAUCUGUUCGCUAAAGUCGCGGUGUUUAGUGAAAGUAUGCGUGUCAAUUUACCUAAUGUAUUUCUCCUUGAGCAAUACACGUACACGGAACUGCUGAAAUGGUACGAAACUAUAGAAAGGGAAAGUGGAGUGCCAGAGGAAGACAGACUGAUCUUCUGUAAGUUCUAUGGGCUUGACGCCACUCUGUACAAGGAGAUAAUGGUGCUGGAGAACUUGCUGCCGCAGGGCUACGAACCUCACGACAGGUUCCACUCCAUAGACUGGCCGUAUGCUGCAGCCGCCGUCAGAGAUCUUGCUAAAAUGCAUGCACUGUCCUUCGCGUUUGCUAAAAAACAUCCUGAAGAGUUUGAGAAAGCUAUGAAAAAUAUAACCGUGGACUGGCCCGCGGAAAUUAUGGAUACGAUGAUCCGCCAAUCUGUCUCUACUGCAGUGAAAGUGGUCAACCCCGAGCACAAGGAAGCAUUUGUCAAGUUUAUGGAUGAAGCUUUAAAGACACCAUAUUUUGAUAUAUUAAAACCCGUCAACUCCAAAGUGGCCAUCAUCCAUAAGGACUACAGGGGGAAUAACUUGCUGCACAGACGUCGAGAUGUAAGUGUUUGUUCCGAUGACUGUUUAUUUGUGGAUAUACUUUCUUAGGUAUGUUUGUCUGAGGGAACGAACCUCCUCACACCCCU